AUGUCAUCUUCAUUCAUCUUUUCCCUAUUCUUGGCGACACUAGUAUUCACCAAUGAAAGAAUGAUACAUGCAUCAUCGGCGGUUUCAGUGGCACCAGAUCUUCCACUGGGCGAAAUUAACGUGCUCGUUUUGACGGAUGUCCACUCCUGGCUUGCUGGACAUGGUCGUCAAGAAGAAAAUUUGAAUGCCGACUAUGGUGAUGUGCUGUCCUUUUAUGAGAAUCUCAAGACAUAUUGCGACGAAAACGAUCAAGAUUUGUGGUUUGUUUCCAAUGGAGACUUUGUGGAUGGCACUGGCCUCAGUAUUCCGGGCGAUCCUAGUAGUUUGGUUCCUGUCUUGCAAAAAAUGCCGCUGGACGCACUGACCUGUGGGAACCACGAAUUGUACAUUGAUGACACUGUGGAUUAUAUGGUGAGACCAGGUGGUUGGGCCGAUUGGUGGGGAGAGAAGUACUUGACAGGCAAUAUUCAGGUGACUGCUAAUGGAGAAAUCCAACAAUUGGGUCAUUUAUACCGGUAUUUGAAAGGAAAGCAUUCGAAUCUGUUGGUUUAUGGAUUUUUGUACAAUAUGGAAGGUGCUUGCGAAUCCAUCACUGUGGAGAAGGUAGACGACGUGGUAAAAAUGUCAUGGUUCAAAGAAGCGCUCACUCGAGAAGAUGAAUCGAUAGAUGCUAUUCUCGUUUUGGCACACAUGGAUUUGAAGGAUCCCUUAGUCACAGUCAUUCGUAAAGCCAUUCGUGAAAUUGUUGGUGAUUCAAUGCCAAUCCAGUUCAUCACUGGACACACACACUAUCGAGGUGAAAUCGAGUUGGAUGACUGGAGCCAUUCCUUUGAAGCCGGAAGAUACCUUGAUACAAUUGGCUUUGUUUCGUUACCCACCAAGGCUACCGCCAUGGCCACACCUCCCAGCACGACUGAUGGCCCAGUGGAAAACGGCUUCAAACACGUUUUCAUAGACGCCAACAAGGCAAUUCUUGCAGGUCAUUUAGGUAUCAAGGAUCCAAAAGACAUGAAUACGGAACAUGGAUUGGAACUUUCGGAAUUUGCUCACAGGACCAGACAGAAGAUGGGACUCUUGGAUCAAAUUGGUUGUGCCCCACAUGAUUUCAAGGCUCGAGCGCCCUUGGACGAUCCAAAAUCGCUUUGGGGACUCUACAAACGGGAGGUUUUGCCAAAGAUUUUUUUCAAGGAAGAGAGUGAUGGUAUCAUGUUUGUGGAAAACGAAGCCUGGAGAUAUGAUUUGUUUUCCCAGUCACCGCUUGUGGUGGACGAUAUAAUGGCAGUAGCACCUUUCAACGAUACCAUUGUAUUCAUAGGGGAGGUUGCAGGGUCGGCAAUCCUCGAGCUGAACGUGUCCUUGAACGAACGAAAGGGCAGUCUUCCACACUACAUUCUAGCUGGAGAAAUCGACAACAAAGACAAACUCUAUGACAUGUACACGCAUGACUUCAAUGUUAAGGAAGUUGUAAAUGCCCUGAAGAAGACUGUCCCAGACCAAGAAUAUGAACCGAAAACCACUGAAACAACGUCGACUUUGAUAUGGCUAGCCUUUGUCCGCGAGAAUUGGCCAUGCCAUGGAGAAUUGGGCAAGGAUGCCCCACCGAUAGCGUCCCCACCAGCUACAUUGUCUUCUUACAUUUUCCAAGAUGACGACGGAAUUGCUACGGAAUCUUGCCCCACCAUCAUGUUGAUGAUGGGGUUGUUGCUAAUGACGAUAUUACUAUAUUGCGCCUUCGGUUGCACAAAGAGCACCUCUACUGAAUUUGUUCUGCUUGAUCCAAAGGAAGACUGCAUGGAGGCACAAUUUGAGGAUAGAGUAGAAAAAUAA